AUGUUCCUAUCAAACGUCGGGCACGAAUUACUCCCCAUCGACGAAGGCGAGCACGCAGGAUAUGGCCUCUUCGUAAUCGUCUAUCUUCUCAACUUCUACAAAAGCCCUCAUCCGAUAGUUAGCCGUUUUACGCCUGAGACUCAUCAGGACUGGUGGGACAUUUCGGUCGUUGCGAGAGCACGAAGUGUCGCUAAAUCGAAACGCCUCCCUCCACGUCUCCUCGCGAAUCACAAACGGUCUCCCAAAAUGCUGCGAGAGUUCACUGUGCCUUCGGAGGAUGACAAAUUCCUCAAAUUGAAACCUCGGACAGACGGUACGAUCGGUCACUCCAUCCUUUCGAAGCGUUGUCCAAAUUCUAUUGGCAGGCCGAUGGAUUUUCUGUAUGAUUGGGAGGUUGUGGGUUGUCUGGUCGACGUCGUACGAAGGCUUCCGCCGCUUGGGUAUCCUUUCACAGACAUUUUCCCUGUCAACCAGUAG